GACGCGGCAGUUCGAGCUCCGCCCGAUUAGCUGGCUUUGUGGUGGUGAUUGGGAAAUCCGAAAAGUGCGGCGUUAGCCAGCGAUCGAUCGGUCAGUCAGUCUAGCAUCUAGGUCGGAUCACGAAAGAUCACACUGCUCGUUCUCGGGAAUCGCGUGCGGGAGCUUCUCGGUCAGCUCAGUUUGCAAAGGCUCUGCGAAACCAAUUUCCUGUUCGGUAGCUGGACGUUCUGAGGUCAAAACAUUCACGCUGGCUUCUUCAAAGCUUCGCCGCGCCAGCAGCAUCGCGGUUUACGAUGAGGAUGAAGAGCAAAGGCUACUCAUUAUGCGCAAAGCAUUCCAAAUGUUUGACACAACCAAAUCGGGUUUCAUCGACACCUCGAAAAUUUCUACCAUCUUCGACACGCUGGGCCAAAAAUUUGACGAAGGUGAACUGCAGGACCUGAUCGAACAGGAGGACCCCGAAGAAACGGGAAAGGUGAACUUCAAUGGAUUCGCAAACAUUGCCUCGAACUUUCUGGUGGAGGAUGAGGACGCCGAAGCGAUGGAGAAAGAACUGAAAGAAGCCUUCAGAUUGUACGAUCGAGAGGGAAAUGGUUAUAUCACAACUAGCACACUGAAGGAAAUUUUGGCUGCUCUGGAUGAUAAACUAUCGAACGAAGACCUGGAUGGCAUGAUCAACGAAAUCGAUGCCGACGGAUCCGGAACUGUUGAUUUUGAUGAGUUCAUGGAAAUGAUGACCGGGGAGUAAUCGGACUGUAAAGGGAGGCGGUAUGUUCGAACUGAGCCACCAACAGCACACAAACAACGACAGUGUAGAGAUCGUAGCGAGUUCCUGUGUUUUUGUUUUCGUGAAGGUCCUUCUGGUUUUACUCCGCUUUGCCGCUUUCCUUUUUCAAUUUGCUGCUGCUGACACUGAACACGUGUCUUCUUACAUCCACCGGCACUUGCAAGUACAUCAGCGUGGGUUUAAUCUGUUCCGGUCGACCAUCAAGCGCCUAUCCAAGGAUCAGUAUUUUUCUUUAUGAUUGAAUCACCACCUCCCAGUCACCACCCACAAAAGUACAGGGAAAAAAUCAUGCUAGGGAAAGAAGGGCUGAGGCAGCAUGUAGGUUCGAUACGAAGCAGCUAGACGGCACGUUUCAAGUUUCAAGAGUAAAUGAAAUUUCACCUCGCUAGUCAAUCACGUACCACUUUUCUACUCUCUAACACAAUCAGUUUGCGGAAUUCGUCACGACCUUUCCUCGUACCUUCCCCUCCGAAACAAACAGCAACGAUGCAAAUACGAGACAUUUCCUUCUCUCUCUCUCUUUUAUAUUCCAGUCAACAAUUUAGUUCACCGUACAAGUAAUCAAGGUCCAAAUCGAUCAGCAAUUGAAUUUGAUUUGAAUUGUUUCCUCGGUUCUAUUUUUAGCUUCCGCCGUAUCAUUUGAGCGCUUAUUUUUCGUGGAAAUAUUUUCUGAACAGCCACCAAUAUGAAAGUGUUAUUUACCCAUUACUCUUCUUGCUUCCAUUACUAGCUCUCGAUCUGCCCUUUUGCCACAAUUGCAGCUGUUUUCGCCAAUCACUAGAAUACCACACUUAUUGUUCAAUGUAGAUAUUUUAAAGUAUGACGAUAUUAUGUAAUAUCGAAACGAUAAUAAAAGCCAUUAUUUAUUAAGAAA